CACAAAAAGUUAAAUGGCUACAUUGAUAUUUUAAAAAAAACGCUAUGAAAAGAAAUUAGUUGGUUUUCUCAAAAAUCUUUUAUUUAAACUGUUAACCUUUAUGAAGUGAAUUUUCGCUAUGAACGUUUAACAUUGGUUUUUUCAUUUUGCGAAAAAUUAUGACUUGCAUUUUUUUUUUUUUUUGUUUUCAAAGAUUUCGUCUUUCUUACCACCCAAAUGCCGAAGAAUAUUUAUAAAGGAAACUGAUCAAAGCUUUUUUCUGAAACCACAGUGGUUCUUCUAGUUGAAGUUGGAGGUACCUUAGUUACUGUAUUGCUCACCUGUAAUCUACUUUAUAUGUAUGUUUGUGUUCUGUCUGAACCUCUGGCGCGGUGUUCGCUCACCCAGAAGAAACGCUUGUAAAUGCAAAAAAAGUGCUCUAGUUCCAAGUGGUUCAAAGAGAAAUCGACUUAAUUGCGUAAUCUUAUAUAAAUAUAUUGUUACAUAAGAAAAAGAAAAUGCGUGUUUAUUUUAACCCUUGUUUUAACAAAAGUAUGCCUGUUGAAAAAACAGAAACAAAAAAACCCCUCAAAAAAGAACAUAACUUCAGCAGUUCUUCAAACUCUUCGAGGAGUGAAGAUCAAUCUGCUGCAAGAUAUAAUGGUUCGUGUGUAGUGCAACAUAACGAAGAUGUAGAUGACGAAGUCAUCUAUAGUGGUACUGACAACGCUCAUAAAGCUAAACAAAAAAGAACCUUAUGUUUUGUAUUUUUUGGGACUGCGCUUCUUGUUGCAUCAGGAAUAAUUAUAACUAUUUUAGCAGUAAAAUUAUUGAAAGCAAAUGCAACUACACGGGCAAAAAAAGGAAACGAGUCGUGUUUGACACAUGAAGAAGAAUUAAAUCAAUAUGAUGCCUGUACAUGCAAAACUCCAGUAUGCUUAAAAAUAGCAAAAAGUAUAAAAAACUCGAUGAACUUUUCAGCAGACCCGUGUCAUGAUUUUAAUGAGUAUGUAUGCGGUCGAUGGCACGAGUCUCAUCCUUUACCAGCGUCUGAAGAUAGCAUAUUUCCUUUAAAAAUGGCAAAUCUUUAUAAAAACAAAGAACUUCGUGUAUUAGUUGAAGAUUUAACAAAAAAACCAAUAAAGCGUAAAGGCUUUAAAUCCAAAAUAGCGCAAUAUUAUCGAUCUUGUACCGACGUCACAACAAUAGAGAAAAAAGGUAAAUAUCCGUUACUUGAAUUUCUUUCAAAUUUUGGAAUUUGGUCUCCUAUAAAGACGUGGUCGGAAGUAGGUGAUAGAAAUGAUCUUACGUCUAUAAUUAUUCGAAGCCACGAAUAUUUUACAUUUUCUAUAGAAAAUGAUAAACUUUAUUCGCCUUUAUUUAAAGGCUACGUCACUUCAAACAGCGAAAACCCUACGCAGCACAUUACAGAGAUAUCACCACCUGAUCUUCCAUUGGAACCUGAUAUGUAUAUGUCAGAAGAAGAAGAAGAUAAAAAGAUAUUGGGGAAAUACAAAAAUCUUCUCGUCAAUUAUGUGGCGUUACUUGGACCAGACAAAGACGCAGAGAAAAAUAUAGAAGAAUUGCUGAAUUUUGAAAAAAACGUUGCACAGAUAUUGGUAUCACCUGCCGUUAAAGACAACAUUACAAGAGACGCUAACAAUACAUCAAUUCAGAAUUUUUUAAAUACAAUUGGAAACCAAAUUGAUUGGUUACGCGUUAUUUCGAGUUUAUUUAAACCAUUUAGCGUAAAAGUGAGUAACGAAACAAUUGUUUCUAUCAGCAGUUUUGAAUACUUUAAGCAGCUUAACAAUCUUUUGACGAAGACAAACCCUCAGAUUGUUAAAGAUUAUAUUAUAUGGAUAUGUGUUUGGAAAUUUGGUUCUUAUGCGUCGGCACCUUUUUUGGAAGCCGAUCAUAGUUUUCAGAAAGCUAUAUCUGGAGUCGAAAAUCAACCAGAAAGAUGGCGAAAGUGCAUUAUGGAUUUAGAGCAAACAAUGGGUUUCGCUCUUUCGUCUUUGUACGUAGAAAAAUCGUUAAAAGAGGAAGACAAAUCAAAAGCUUCAGAAAUCAUCGAAAACGUUCGGAAGGAGUUUAAAAACAAUUUAGUAAAUGCUGAUUGGAUGGACGUUGCCACUAAAGCAGCAGCCUUUAAAAAGGUUGAUUUUAUGCUCAGUAACGUUGGUUUUCCAGAGUUUAUCAAAAACGAGCAAGCUGUUGACAAACUUUACGAAAAGAUUGUUGUAAACGAAAAGAGUUACUUUAAAAAUAUAUUGGAAAUGUAUAAAGACAAGCGGUUGUCGAACCUGGGUCUUAUUAACCAACCGGUAGAUAGAUCGUCUUACGAUUUGCCACCAACCAUAGCAGAUGCAUUUUACAACAAACAAAAAAAUAAAAUGGCAUUUAUGGCUGGUUUGUUACAUCCACCAUUUUACAGUCCAGAUGUUCCAAUGGCUUUAAACUACGGAGCAAUGGGACUUGUUGCAGGGCACGAAAUAACACACGCCUUUGACGAUAGAGGAAGAUUUUUCGAUGAGUUAGGAGAGCAUAGAAACUGGUGGAGCGAGUCCAGUCAAAAUGCAUUUGAAAAAAGAUCCGAGUGUGUUAACCAUCAAUAUUCAAAUUAUUCGAUAUUUGGAAUGCCGAUAAACGGAGUGCUUACUUUGAACGAAAACAUAGCUGAUAAUGGCGGCAUCAAAGUCUCUUUUAUGGCAUACAGGGAAUGGUUGAACCAUCAACAAGAUAAAAAACUACCAGGCUUGUCUUUUACACCAGAACAACUCUUUUUUGUAUAUCAAGGCCAGAUUUGGUGUGGAACUUACAGAGAACAAUACAUGAGAAAAUUUUUGAGCGGCAGCAAUCAUAGCCCUAAUAAAUUUAGAAUAAUCGGAUCAUAUUCGAACUUGGAUGAAUUUUCGAGUGCGUUUAAAUGUCCUUUGGGAUCAACCAUGAAUCCUUUGAAAAAAUGCAGGGUCUGGUAGACAGACGUUUGAUAAAUUAACACAACUACCUUUUUCCUUUAUAUUUAAAGAAAUUAUAUUAAAUAUUUAUUACCAAAUAAUAAAAAUUGGAA